AUGGGACAAACUAUGACGACGCCUCUCUCUCUUACUCUAAGUCACUGGACCGAAGUUAAGUCUAGGGCCCAUAAUCUCUCGGUAGAAGUAAGGAAAGGGAGAUGGCAAGCGCUGUGUACCUCUGAGUGGCCCACAUUUCAGACAGGGUGGCCACCCGAAGGAUCCUUUAUGCUAGAUCAGAUCAGGCUAGUUAAGUCUAGGGUCUUUAACACAGGACCCCACGGACACCCAGACCAGACACCAUAUAUCCUGGUCUGGGAAGAUCUAGUUCUUUUCCCGCCUCCGUGGGUCCGGCCCUUUGUUCUCUCAGCAGGCAUGUCCGCAUGCGCACCAGCACGGCCGGAAGUACUGGCCCUGAAAAAAACCCCGGACGCCGAGAAGUCAUCUGAAGCCCCGGACUCACAGAAGGCGAUAUAUCCAGACUUGCAGUCCGAUCUGCUUCUCCUCGAUCCCCCACCACCACCUUACCCUCCAGCCCUAGACCCCAUACCGCCUCCCGAUUCCCCAGUCCCAGCUCCGCAACCCUCCGCACCAAUAGGGCCACCUGUUGUGGCAGAAGGGGGGGGUCCCUCGGCGGGCACCAGAAGCCGGAGGGCUAUUUCCCCGGAUUCUACCGCUUUACCCCUUAGAGAAUAUGGCCCUCCGGACAACCAUGGGAAUAGGCCCCUCCAGUACUGGCCCUUUUCCUCUGCAGAUCUUUAUAACUGGAAGAUGCAUAACCCUACUUUCUCUGAAAACCCACAGGCUCUCACUGCUUUAAUAGAAUCUCUUGUUUUCUCCCAUCAGCCUACCUGGGAUGAUUGCCAGCAGCUUCUGCAGACUCUCCUCACCACUGAGGAAAGACAAAGAGUCCUCUUAGAAGCUAGGAAAAAUGUUUUAGGCACAAACGGGCAGCCCACCCAGCUGCCUAAUGAGAUUGACGCUGGCUUCCCUCUUGUCAGACCGAACUGGGAUUUUAACACUCCUGAAGGUAAGGAGCACCUGAAAAUGUAUCGCCAGGCUCUAGUGGCGGGUCUCCAUGGAGCGGCCAGACGGCCCACGAAUUUGGCAAAAGUAAGGGAGGUAACUCAGGGGCCCCAGGAAUUACCAACUGUGUUCCUAGAGCGGCUAAUGGAAGCCUUCCGGCGGUUUACUCCCUAUGACCCCACUUCUGAGGAACACAAGGCCACCAUAGCUAUGGCUUUUAUUGACCAGGCGGCCCCUGAUAUCAGAAAGAAGUUACAGAGACUAGAUGGUCUCCAGGGUUUCUCUCUCCAGGAUCUAGUCAAGGAGGCAGAUAAGGUAUACAAUAAGAGAGAAACCGAGGAAGAAAAGGAAGAAAGGAGACAGAAGGAACAGGACGAGAGAGAGGAAAGGAGACAGAAAGAACAGGAAGCCCGUGAGUUAAGACGGGAUAAGAGACAAGAGAGAAACUUAAACAAAAUCUUGGCUACCGUAAUUGGAGGAGGGAACAUUAGAGAUAAGGGCAGACAGGGAGGCAACAGAAGGCAACCAUUAGAUAAAGAUCAGUGUGCCUACUGCAAAGAGAAAGGACAUUGGGUACGGGAGUGCCCGAAGAAAAAGGACGGGCGACGCCCGCCGCAAGACAAGGUCUUGCCCCUAGAUGAAGAAGAUUAUUAGGGGGGUCAGGGCUCAAGCCCCCUCCUUGAGCCCAGGGUAACCUUGAAAGUUGAGGGGGAACCAGUUCAGUUUUUGGUGGAUACUGGAGCUCAGCACUCAGUCCUCCUGCAACCAAGAGGGCCUCUCUCAGACAAACGGUCAUGGGUCCAAGGGGCUACAGGAAAUAAACAAUAUUCUUGGACCACCCGCCGGACUGUAGAUCUUGGAAUGGGGCAAGUGACCCACUCAUUUCUGGUCAUCCCAGAAUGCCCCUAUCCGCUGUUGGGGAGAGACCUACUCUCCAAAGUCGGGGCACAGAUUCACUUCCAGCCCGGGGGACCCACCAUAACGGAUAGCCAGGGAAGGCUCCUCCAGAUUUUAACUAUGAGACUAGAAGAUGAACACAGGAUCUAUGAGAAACCCUCACCUCCUCAAACUGAUAUGCAGGACUGGAUGACCAGGUUCCCUCAGGCCUGGGCUGAGACUGCGGGGAUGGGGAUGGCAAAAUACCGCCCCCCGGUGGUAGUGGAACUUAAGGCUACCGCCACACCAGUAACAAUCCGCCAAUACCCUAUGAGCAAAGAGGCUCGGGACGGCAUCCGUCCGCAUAUACAGAGACUGCUGGAAUUAGGAAUCCUGGUGAGAUGCCAAUCAGCAUGGAACACACCUCUCCUGCCUGUUAAGAAGCCAGGGACUAAUGAUUACAGGCCAGUACAGGAUCUACGAGAGGUAAACAAGCAGGUAACAGACUUACACCCCACUGUGCCAAAUCCUUAUAACCUCUUGAGUACUCUCCCACCUCAACAUACUUGGUACACUGUCUUAGAUCUUAAGGAUGCUUUCUUUUGUUUGAGACUUUCCUCCCUCAGCCAGCCCUACUUUGCUUUCGAGUGGAAGGACCCUGCCUCAGGAAUAGCAGGCCAGCUGACUUGGACACGCCUGCCUCAAGGAUUUAAAAAUUCUCCUACCAUCUUCGAUGAAGCGCUGCAUCAGGACCUGGCAUCGUACAGAGAAUCUAACCCCCAGGUAACUCUGCUUCAAUAUGUUGAUGAUAUUCUUUUAGCUGCGGAAACCCGAGAGGACUGCAUCAAGGGGACUGAAAGACUGCUGACGGAACUUGAAACAUUGGGAUACCGGGCAUCAGCGAAGAAAGCCCAAAUCUGUCAGCGACAGGUCAGUUACCUGGGGUAUUUGCUAAAAGGAGGACAGAGAUGGCUCUCAGAAAGCAGAAAAGACACUGUGGCCCGAAUACCUGCCCCUAAGAGUCCCAAACAGGUUAGAGAAUUCUUGGGAACGGCUGGAUUCUGCAGGCUAUGGAUUCCGGGGUUUGCUGAACUGGCAGCCCCUCUGUACCCCCUAACCAAGAGCGGCACCCCAUUCACAUGGGGUGACAAGGAACAACGGGCUUUUGACCAAAUUAAGAGAGCCUUGCUAUCAGCCCCGGCCCUAGGGCUACCCGAUGUAACUAAACCUUUUCGUCUAUAUGUGGCAGAAAACAAAGGUAUUGCAAAGGGAGUACUGACCCAAAGGCUGGGCCCUUGGAAUCGCCCUGUUGCAUACCUAUCAAAGAAAUUAGACCCUGUGGCAGCUGGCUGGCCUGCCUGUCUGAAAAUAAUUGCUGCCGUGGCCACACUGGUAAAAGAUGCAGAUAAACUGACUUUAGGACAAAAUCUGACAAUAACUGCACCUCAUGCACUAGAAAGUGUAAUUCGCCAACCGCCUGAUAGAUGGCUCACCAACGCCAGAAUAACACAUUAUCAGACUCUACUCCUGAAUUCGGACCGCAUUAAAUUUACUUCAGCCACCGGGCUGAACCCUGCUACACUGUUACCGGACCCUGACAUAGAAGGCACCACCAUCAUUCAUGACUGUCAAGAGGUGCUAGCGGCAGCGCACGGAACCAGACCAGACCUGACAGACCAGCCCCUCCCGGACGCUACCCUUACCUGGUUUACGGAUGGGAGCAGCUUCCUAGAAGAAGGUAAGCGACGGGCGGGGGCUGCAGUGGUAGACGGGAAAGAAAUUAUAUGGGCUGCCGCGCUGCCGCAGGGGACCUCCGCUCAGCGGGCUGAACUAAUAGCCAUGACUAAAGCUUUGGAGUUGGCUGAAAAUAAAAAGGUUAACAUCUAUACGGACAGUAGGUAUGCCUUCGCUACCGCUCAUGUCCAUGGGGCCAUCUAUCAACAGAGAGGGUUACUGACUUCGGCGGGAAAAGAAAUUAAGAAUAAAGAAGAAAUAGUAGCCCUGCUGGCAGCCCUGGUGCUCCCAACCAAAGUUAGCAUUAUUCACUGCCCUGGGCAUCAAAAAGGGAAUUCGCCACUAAUAAAAGGAAAUAAUAUGGCCGAUCGAGUGGCCCGAGAAGUGGCAUUAGGAGAAAUUAUCCUGGAACUGACUAACACAGACCCUGAGACACCAGUGCCCACCCCAACCAAGGGGUCCUUGUCCCCCCAGCAAACAAAGUCUAUGUUACAGCAAAUCCAUAGAUGGACACAUCUGGGCACUAAGAAAAUGGUGUCUCUGUUGCAAAAGGCGGGCUAUGACACCCCUGGAUUAACCAAAUUGGCCGAGCAAAUUGCUCGGGAAUGUAUUCCAUGCCAACAGGUAAAUUCCCACAAAGGAAACAUGAUAAGCGGCAAGAGGCUCAGAGGGGACAGACCCGGAGCCUACUGGGAGGUUGACUUCACUGAAAUCCGCCCAGGCAGAUAUGGUAACAGAUAUCUCUUAGUUUUCAUAGACACUUUUUCAGGGUGGAUAGAGGCCUUCCCCACCAAGAAGGAAACAGCCAAUGUAGUAGCUAAGAAGAUAUUGGAAGAAAUUUUCCCCAGGUUUGGAGCUCCUAAGGUAAUAGGAUCUGAUAAUGGACCUGCCUUCGUUGCCCAGGUAAGUCAGGGGGUAGCCAAGUACUUGGGGACAGAUUGGAAAUUGCAUUGUGCCUAUAGACCCCAAAGUUCAGGACAGGUAGAAAGGAUGAAUAGGACCCUAAAAGAGACCUUGACUAAAUUGUCCAUUGAGACUGGCGGUACUGAUUGGACGGUGCUCCUUCCCCUGGCCCUGUUUCGGGCCAGAAACACUCCCUCUCGCUAUCACCUUACUCCUUUCGAAAUUCUGUACGGAGCUCCUCCUCCUCUGCUCAUAUUGGGGGAAGGUGUUAGCCCAGACUGUCAAAAUAAUACUGAUUUAUAUGCCAGGCUGUUGGGGCUCCAGCUGGUUCAGAAGGAAGUGUGGUCUCAGUUGGCAGAGGCAUACCGGCCGGGGACCCCUGCAGAAGCCCAUCCCUUCCAAGUCGGAGACUCUGUGUACGUCCGCCGGCAUCGGACCCAGACGCUGGAACCCCGCUGGAAGGGCCCCUACAUCGUACUGCUCACCACUCCAACUGCAGUCAAGGUAGACGGCAUAGCGGCCUGGAUCCACGCCUCGCACGUUAAGGCGGCCCCAACAUCCACCGGAGGCUUGACCCCAUUCCCAACUUCAGCAACACCAGAAUGGAAAGUCUGCAAGACCAAAAACCCGCUCAAACUCAAGCUCCUGCGAUCACCCGACUCCUAA